AUGGACACCAAAGACCAAGAUCACAUCACCCACACCGAGCGCGCCGAAACACCUCCCUCCGCUCACCUCCCCAAGGACCAUGGCGAAGUGGCCCUCCACCACGACCUCAUCUCACCCGAAGCUCUUGGCCACAACUUACCUCCCAACUACUACACGUCCCCUUCCUUCAUCGGCACCUUGGUCGCAACAUGUCUGGCCCAGAUCUCCGGGUAUUUGGGAUGGGUUCUACCCGCGAAUACCAUUUCUCUCAUUGUAGCGGAACUUGAUCCGACGAAUGCUUCUGGAAGUUCGAUUUGGUUGGCGGUGGCUUGGCAGGCGGGUUUUACGAUUGGAUUUCUUUGGGUGGGGAGGUUGAGUGAUAUCUUCGGCCGUCGCUACUUCUUCAUGGGCUCCUCCGUCUUCGCCAUUCUCGGCAACAUCAUCGGUUCCGCGGCCAAUAGCUUGAACAUGCUCAUCGCGUGUAAUUGCAUCAAUGGUCUCGCCGCCAGUGGACAAUUGAGUUUCUCCGUGGUUUUGGGGGAAUUGGUUGCGAACAAGAAUCGAGGAGUUUACAACGCUGUCGUGCUCAGUACGAGUGUUCCUUUUGCGGUUUUUGGACCGCCGAUUGCACGAGCCUUCUUCGAACACACAUCCCUCACUUUCCGCUGGUCUUACAUUUUAGGAGUCAUUGUCAACACCAUCGCCGUCAUCCUCUACUUCUUCUUCUACCAUCCACCCUCCUACUCCUUACUGCACGUCAACGGAAAAUCUAAACUCAAACAACUCGCAUCUUUCGACUGGAUCGGAAUGUUCCUCUUCAGCGCCGGUCUAACCGUCUUCCUGAUCGGUCUCAACUGGGGCGGAACCACAUAUCCCUGGAAAUCGGGCCACGUCUUAGGAGCCUUCUUCGCGGGGAUAGCGACCAUGAUUGGGUUUUGUGUUUGGGAAGCCAAGUGUACGAAUGAGUAUCCGUUGAUGCCGAUGGUUUUGUUCAAGAAUUUGAAAUAUGAUGCGAUUGUCGCUUGUGCGAGUAUCGGGGCUAUGGUGUAUUACGCCGGAACGGUGAUAUGGCCGACGAUGGCAGGGGCGUUAUUCACGACUUCGGUGUCGAGAGUGGGAUGGUUGAGUUGUGCUGUGGGUGGAGGCUUGUUGCUGGGACAGAUUGCCGCUGGUAUUGGAGUGAGGUAUAUCCCUCGGAUGAAAAUCCAAAUGACCGUUGCGGGAGUCAUUAUGAUGGCAUUUAUUGCGGCGAUGGCUUCUGCUACGCCGGAAUCCGAGGCGCGAACGACGGUUUUCUUGUUGAUUGGGACGGCUGCGGCGGGUUAUGUGGAGAAUUUGACGCUUUCGACUAUGGCGUUGGUGUGGGAGCCGGAUGAUAUAGGCCUUGUGGCGGGUGUGUUGGGUGCGAUCAGGACGGCGGCUGGAGCGCUGGCUACGAGCAUGUACAGCAGUAUUCUUUCGACCGAGCUGGCCAAGUACUUGCCGAGACAUGUUGGGCCAGCGGCUGUUGAGGCUGGACUUCCUGAGAAUAGCGUUCCGGCUCUGCUCGCUGCCGUCGGUACAGGCGUCUUCACCAGCGUUCCUGGUAUCGACCGUAACGUUCUUUCGGCGGUCGAUGCGGCUACUAAGCAGGCAUACGCAGCAUCGUUCCGCACGGUGUUUCUGUGCACGCUGCCGUUCAGUGCUAUAUUACUGGUGGCUGCCGUGGUAUGGUGUCCGAAUGUGGAAGACUACAUGACGGAGGACGUGGCAAGGAAGCUCCAAGGUGUUCGAACGAAGGAAAAGGUGACAAAUGUCGAGCAGGGUGAAAAGUCGUAA